AUGAGAUUGCCACCCCCACCACCACCGCCAUUACAAGCACCAGCGGUAGCACUUAAUGUGCCACCACAAGCACCUGCAGCAGCAAUUAAUGUGCCACCGCAGGCACCAGCAGCAGCACUUAAUGUGCUUCCACAAGCACCAGUAGCAGCAAUUAAUAUGCCACCACUGGCACCAGCAGUAGCAAAUAACAUGCCACCACAGGCACCAGCAGCAGUACUUAAUGUGCCACCACAAGCACCAGCAGCGGAAAUGAAUAUGCCACCGCAGGCACCAGCAGCAGCACUUAAUGUGCCUCCACAAGCACCAGCAGCAGCAAUUAAUAUGCCACCGCUGGCACCAGCAGCAGCAAAUAACAUGCCACCGCAGGCACCAGCAGCAGCAAUUAACAUGCCACGGCAGGCACCAGCAGUAGCACUUUAUGUGCCACCACAAGCACCAGCAGCAGCAAUUAAUCUGCCACCACAGGCACCAGCAGCAGCACUUAAUGUGCCACUACAAGCACCAGCAGCAGAAAUUGACAUGCCACGGCAGGCACCAGCAGCAGCAAUUAAUGUGCCACCACAAGCACCAGCAGCAGCAAUUAAUGUGCCACCGCAGGCACCAGCAGCAGCACUUAAUGUGCCACCACAAGCACCAGCAGCAGCAAUCAACAUGCUACCGCAGGCACCAGCAGCAGCAAUUAAUGUGCCACCACAAGCACCAGCAGCAGCAAUUAAUGUGCCACCGCAGGCACCAGCAGCAGCACUUAAUGUGCCACCACAAGCACCAGCAGCAGCAAUCAACAUGCUACCGCAGGCACCAGCAGCAGCAAUUAAUGUGCCACCACAAGCACCAGCAGCAGCAAUUAAUAUGCCACCACAGGCACCAGCAGCAGCACUUAAUGUGCCAUUACAAGCACCAGUAGCAAUUGAUAAUAUUGAUACUGGCUCUGUUUCAUCAAAGAAAAGAAGACGCCCCAAUAAUAAUCAACAAAAUGAUGGUGGAGGAAAUCAAAGACAAAAUUAUAAAGACAAUGGUCGUGGAUGGAAUAGACGUGGAUGGAAUAGUCGUGGAGGGAAUAAUCGUGGAGGGAAUAGUCGGAGACAACGUGGUCGUGGAGGAAAUAUGAAUAUCAUAUGGAAUAACUGA